AUGGCGGCAUGUUUUCCCAACGCGUUAAGACCCGCCAAUCACCUCAAAUAUCUGAUGCUGAAAUGCAUGCGAACUCGAUUGGGGCAAAGGCUGGUAACGGGGCUGCGACGAUACUCUCAUGCCAGUGCGAGUUCAAGUCCUACGAAUGAUGAAAAGUCUGAAACUAGAGCGACGGAACCGUCGCAACGAAAAGAAGGAUACACCAAGAGACCACCGGUAUCCACCUUGGAUCAGCGUAAACUAUCGCCCACCGAUUGGCUUGAUCUAUCUGGCCGUAUGCAACUCUCUAUCAGUUUUCGGAAUAAGCUCGAUCGUGACAGUGAAUGGAGGGCGUACUAUCGGAGACUCACGGCAAACAGGCGAUUACCUUUCCCUCCACACUCCUCCGGAUUCCUCUACUAUCAUCAGCCUCCAGGCGCACCUCUUCUUGCCGGAGAACUCCGCUUUCGCCUCACUUCCAAUCAUCUUCCUGAAAGUUUCAAUCAAGGCGAAGAUUGUCUUACCCCAGAAGGAGACGCUUGGAAGAUCCCCCUCUUUGUCCUGCAUCAUACUCCAUUUCAUCGGGAUGUGUAUCAACAGCUUCGGGUAGAUGGGUUCGUCUCCGACGCACUAGAUUCACAGCUCAAGAGCAUCGCUCAGACUUCUGUCUGUCCCCGCAGCACCAGCGUUAUUCUACAUUCGCUUCACCAAGUAUUUCCCGUUGAUUUUUCGGCAACGACUUUCAGGUUCUUCGUGGUGGGGAACUCAACUCUUCAAAACGUUUUCAUUUUUCCCUUCCAUCUUAGGGGGCAAGGGAGGGCAUCUUCCUACACAAGUAAGGGGUUGGUACGCUUCGAGCUGUCAACACUACCAGAGCAUGCAGGUACCAGAACGGUGGUGAUGCGUGUCGUGAAAUUAGUCGGAGAUCCUGGGCCUUACAUGGGGGAAGAUCGACCACAAGAAGGAGCUUUGGUAUUGCGACAUCAUCCUGCCGGCGGGAAACCCAAGUUGUUCUCUCUCAACGUUGAUCGGAAUACACCUGUAUAUGGGUCAAAGGGCUUUUCGCAUCCUGAUGCGCUGCCUUUGCUUGUCGCAAAUACUUUUGGCAACAAGCAGUCUUGCCCGUAG